UAAUAUUUUUGUUUGAAACUAGAUAAGUUAUUUUGGCGGUAAUAUUGGAAAAAUUAUCUUUUAAUUGUUAAGAAAAAUGGGCGAAUCUGGUAUUAAUAUUCCAAUAAAAUUUAUCGACAAAGAAGGCAAUGCAGAUGUCGAUAUAAAAUUUACAUCACGUCGAGUUACUCGCAGCAACUCUAAUUUAGAAAAACCAGAAGUGAAACCAAAAUUACAUGAGUGUCCAUAUAUAAGUUACACAGGAGAAAUUAAAUACUUUACCACAACAAUUGAUAUAGCGUGUGCAUGUGACGAGCUCCUGUCGUAUGUUGAAACUGUUCAUAAAGAAACAACCGAGAUUCCCAUUGCUUUUGAUAUGGAAUGGCCUUUUAGUUUUAAAACUGGUCCUGGUAAGUCUUCCGUUCUACAACUUUGCAUCUUAGAGCAUGAAACUUACGUUUUUUCAAUUGGGCACUUGAAAAAAUUACCUUCGGCUCUGAUAGCUUUGCUCACACAUCCGAAAGUAAAAUUGCAUGGUGUUAAUAUUAAAAAUGACUUUAGAAAACUACAAAGAGAUUUCCCUGAUACAAAUGCUGAUAAAUUAAUUGAAAAUUGUAUUGACUUGGCUGCUAUGUGUAACGAAAUUAAAAACACUUCAGGAAGAUGGAGCUUAGAACGUUUAGUUAAUUAUAUUUGUCGUUUACAAAUGGAUAAAAGUAAAAAAAUUCGCAUGAGUAAAUGGGAUGUAGUGCCCUUAAAUAACGACCAACUUCGAUAUGCGGCUAUCGAUGUUUAUAUAGGGCAAGUCAUAUAUCGAAAAUUGGAAGAAGAAAAAUUGAAGAAAACUGAGUUUGACUAUGAAAAUGAAAUAAUUUUAAGAAAAUUAGGCUUAGAUUUUUAAAAUUGUACAAGUUUUAUUGAAUAUAUUAUGUAAGUCUUUUGUUUUAAAAUUUGUAAAAGAAAAAAAACGUUUGUAAAGCAAUUUCUUGAUUUUGUAUGUUGUUAAUCUAAAUUAAAAUUUUUACUUUA